UUUAAGCUUUUGAGCGUUUGUAUUUGUAAAUUUGUUUCAUUUCAAAAUUCUCAGAAUCAGCCAUCCCUCGCUUCCUUCUCCUUCUCCCUCCUACUUCUACUAGCGGUUAUGGCGGAAAUUGGAGAGUGCUCUGCUACGAAUUCCUCCAUAGAAUACUGGGCGAAGCUAAUUCCACCUGAUAAAAUAUAUGCAGAUAUUGAGAUAAACUCUGAUGAGACCAUUAUCUACUCGGAGACAAAAUCCACAUCUGUUGAAAAACGUGAAUGGUGCAAAAUCACAAGAAAUUCAGAUCUAAAUUCUGCCACUCUGCAGAAUAGAAGUUCAAAUGCCAUCAUUGUCGAUGAGACUCUUGUUCAAAAGGAUGACACUACUUUCAUCAAGUGUGGAAGCGAAAUUAUUUCGGGUCCGGUCCGGGAUGGGCAUUUGAGCUAUAAAUUUAAAAUGUUGUCAGGCUCAAGAAUAUGCAAGGGCUUAAAGAUUUCUGUGGAUGUUGAGCACGCAAAAUGCAGUAUUUGUUUAAACAUAUGGCAUGAUGUUGUCACGGCCGCUCCUUGCUUUCACAACUUUUGCAAUGGAUGUUUCUCGGAGUGGUUAAAAAGAUCCCAAGAGAAGCAUACAAGCGUACUUUGUCCUCAGUGUAGAGCAGUUGUGCAAUUUGUUGGAAGAAAUCACUACUUGCUGAACAUAGCGGAGGAUAUAUUGCAAGCUGAUUCUUCCCUUAGACGUUCGGUCGAAGAAAUUGCUAUUUUGGAUUCUUGUUCCUUGAUACAAUCAAAUCUGGUCAUUGGGUCUGCAAAAAAGCGCAAUCAGAAAAGGCCUCAUUCUGUAUUGGGUCAGGAGGAGACCGGUGAUUUAGAGCUUCCAUGCCCUCAAUGUGGUACUGAAUAUGCUGGAUUUCGCUGUAAUCCAAACACAGUCCAUCUGCAAUGUCAUGGAUGUGGAGGAAUGAUGCCUUCUCGAUUUGAUAUUGGGAUACCUCAACAUUGUUUAGGAUGUGAUAGAGCAUUUUGUGGUGCAUAUUGGCAAGCUCAGAGGUUACAAAGAAGUGAUACUUACGCGACUUGCAAUCCUGAGACUCUUAAACCAAUCUCGGGACGUACCAUCUCAAGAAUUCCACAGUUGACACAUGAAAAUAAUCGUCAUGAACAGGAUAUUACAGGGAGGUGCAUUAGUCAGAUGGGUAAAACAUUGCAGGAUGUCAUCUCGGAAUGGAUAGUAAGGUUUAACAACAGAGAAAUUGAUCGAACACGAAUGCCUCUAAACCAUGCGGAGAUGAUAACUGCAGAGACGCAUAUUUGCAAUGAGUGUUAUGAAAAAUUGGUGGGAUUUCUCCUGUAUUGGUUUCGGAUUUCAACACCAAAAUAUCUUCUGCCGGGAGAUGCAACCGAGAGGGAAAAUUGUUGGUAUGGAUAUGCAUGUCGGACUCAGCACCACAAUGAAGACCACGCUCGCAAGAGAAAUCAUGUUUGUCGUCCCACCCGAUCCCGAUAAUAAUUACUGUUUCUAUUUCUACUACACUUUAUUCCCUUUUAUAUUAUAUUUUUCUGAAGUUCUCAGUCAUCAGAUCUUUAAAAUUACAAGCAGACUUUUUGUCUUUAAUUGGUUGCAAAUAUGCAUUUUGUAUGUAUAUUAAAUUCUCAACAAGUCAUGUAGACUCUUUAAGUUUUUCUUGCCCACCUUUGAAGAUCAGAGUUAUCCCUUUAGACCUAUCUUUUUCCAAUUAAAUAAAUAAAUAAAUAAAUAAAAAUUACAUA